AUGGAUUCAAUGUUUUUGGUUUCCAUCUUGGCUUACCUCUGCUUUCCUUUAAUUAUUACUAAUGCUCAAGCACCAGCAGCAUCACCGGUGACUUUGCCUACUACACCUCCACCUACCACUACCACGCUUCCACCAACUACCACCACACCCCCGCCAAUAACAACACCAACUCCACCAACACAAUCACCAGUAAGUGCAGCAACACCUCCAGCUGCAGUCACUCCUAUAUCAUCACCAACUCCUAAAGUAGCACCAACUAUCAGCCCAACUAUCCCAUCCCCUCAAAUUCCACCACCACAACCGCCACAAACUCCUCCAAUUGCAGCUCCAGCUCAACCACCUGUACUGCCACCACCACCAGCUACACCACCACCACCUGCUUUACCACCACCACAAGUGCCCCCUGCUCCAGCCCAAGCUCCUACAGCACCAGCACCAGGACCAACUAAGGAAGCACCAGUACCAUCUCCAGCAACACCAACACCAACACCGGUAUUGGCACCAGCACCAGCACCAGCACCAUCACCAGCUACUCCUCCAGCCCCAGUACCAGCUCCUCCACCACUGGCCCCAACACCAGAAUUAGUGCCUUCACCUGCACCACCUCCUCCACACAAGCACAAGAAGAAAAGAAGGCACAGGCACAAGAAGCAUCAUCAUCCACCUGCAUCAGCACCAUCACCAACUCCCCCCAGCCCACCAGCCCCACCUGCACCAGUGGCAGUAACAGAUUCUGAGGAUACAGCCCCUGCACCAUCCCCAGAUCUGAAUGGAGGAAAUGCAAUGUAUCAGCUAGGAGGAAGGCCAGGAAUGUGGGCAAGGACAUUAGCUAUUUGCUUUAUGCUGCUUGUUACAGGCUACAAUUUUUAGCAAUUGGAUAUCAUGAAGAAAGAUAAUUUAUAUGUACAACAUAAAUAAAAAUAAAAAAUUCAUAUAAAUAGGAAUUAUGAUGUUAACGGCAUGCCAAUGGACUGUCAACAGUUUUGUAUUUUUUCAGUUCUUACAAAGUUAGUACAUAAUAAAGAUGAAGUUUGAAUUAUAA